AACUAGAAAGAACCGGGGUUCUUUUGGUACGGGUUUCUUGUUCGCGCGGAUGAGAAACCGGUGUGGUUAAAGCACUCCGGACCUCGAUUGAGCCGAACUGCACUGAAACCAAUAUGUUGCAGUCAGGAACACCAGCUGAAUACACCAAAGUUUAUUCCGAUUUGGGUGCAGAUCCGCUCUAAUCCGGUUUAGUAAGGUUCAACCUGACCGGUUUGCCACCCUACUAAAUAGCAAUCCUUAGCUAAAAGGAAGCCAACCUGUGUAUUUGGCCAGUAUCUUCCAAAGUAGUUCUUUAGUUUUCCAUGACACCAAACAACCUGAGAGCGGCUGAGCCAAGCCCAUGCUUAUGCUAUUACAAGAAGGUACUGACAAACAUGGCAAGCCGAUUUUUCCUUAGUUUCCAAAGCGUGCCUGAGAACAAUGCGCCUUAUGAAACGGUCAGCUCCGGAAGCUUCACUGAACAUGGACAGUAGAGCCUUCCUUCUCGUAGGAAUGUCAAUGUCAUUUCGCCUUUCGGCCUCCAACAGUAUAAUUAUAAGUACCCUCCAUACCCAUUUACCAGAAAGAUAUCAACAAAACACAGAGCUUCUGAAGCAGAAGAGGAAGUUCAAUGGAGAAUUUUGAAGCUGUUGUUCUGAUUGUUCUAGCAUGCGUUGGUGUGUUUGGUACGAACUCGGCUAUGGCUGCUGCAGCAGCAGCAGCAGCCUCGCCUCCUGCCAUCUUUAUCUUGGGGGACUCGACGGUUGACGUUGGAACAAACAACUUCUUGCCUGGAAGCAAUGCCAGGGCAGAUUUUCCUCGCAAUGGGGUUGACUUCCUUUACUCCAGGCCAACUGGAAGGUUCAGCAAUGGAUUCAACACUGCUGAUCAGCUCGCUGUAUUGAUGGGACACAACAGAAGCCCAGACCCUUUCUUUCUGCUCAGGAAGAAACCAAGAGGCUUCACCAAGUCUAAGUUCAGAGGUGUCAACUUCGCUUCAGGAGGUUCAGGAAUUUUCGACCUCACAGUACAAACUGCGGUCAGCUUUGUCAACUCUUCUGAUGAGCUGAACAAUUCAUCCAGCAGCUCGCCCAUUAGCAAAAAGAACGGUGUCUCGUUGUCUGAGCAAAUACAUCAACUUUCAUACGUCUAUCAUAAAAUUCUUGCUGUAAGGAAGCAGAAAGGAACCAGAGAUCUUUUCUCCAAAUCCUUGUUCUUUAUCAGCAUUGGAGCCAAUGACCUCUUUGUGCAUUACCAUUCAAAGAGCAAGCAACCAAAGGAGAAGUUCAUAGCUUCUCUGGUCCAAGCGUAUGAGAAGCACUUAAGGAACCUACUGCAACUUGGAGCAAGGAAGUUUGGGAUUGCUACUGUUGCACCCAUCGGCUGCUGUCCGUCUCAAAGGCUCUUCAAUCAGACCCUCGGUUGUUUGGAGGAGUUGAACGAUCUUGCACUGGCUUUCCAUCCCAGAGUUGCUCAGCUCAUGUAUAAGCUCAGCUCAGAAUAUCAUGACAUGAAGUUUUCAAUUGGGAAUACAUUUCUAAUCACCAUCAAUGUCAUCAACCACCCUAAUCGAUUCGGAUUUAAAGAUGGGCGAGGAGCAUGUUGUGGACAAGGAGCACUGAAUGCACAAACACCAUGCACUCCAACUGCUAAUCUUUGCCCUAUACGCGAUGAUUACUUGUUCUGGGACUUAUUGCAUCCUACACAGAAAGCUGCACAGCUGGCUGCUGUAACUCUCUAUUCCGGCCCACCGUUCUUUGUCGCACCAAUCAACUUCAAGCAGUUGGCUGAAGCUUGAUUGACCCAACAAAGUACUCAUCACUUAUCAGAUGGCUCAAUAAAAAAAAAUAGAGCAG